AUGUCCGCCCGCAUCUCUCGUCGUUUUCUCUCGCUCUCGUCGCUCCGUGCUGCCUCGGCGUCUUCGCGCUCGAACGUCGCCGCCGCGACAGGACGCGCUUUGGCGAGGCGGGGUAUGGCCAGUGAGGCUCAUGGCGCACACAAGAGCGGGGGAAGCGAUUUGACUUGGAUGGUCGGCUCCGCUGUCGUCUUCCUCCCCCUCUGCGGCUACCUUCUAUCCCCUGCAGCCCGCUCAAAGGGCCACCACGUCAACGAGAAGAUCGGCCAGACGGACGAGGCGCACAAGAGCGAGCCCGAGCCCGUUCUCACCGACGACGAGGGGACGAAGAAGUCCGCUUCGGAAGUGAAGGACUCUUUGACGCGUAGCGAGGAGACCGACGCGCCGAAAGAGGCCCACGACGCCGAGGUCCGCGAGGCAAAGGGGGAGCCCAAGACCUCCGCUGAAAGCACAGAAGCUCCAGCGGACAAGGAAGAGAAAUCCGACUCCAGCGACAAAACCGACGACACAUUCUCCUCCGGCUCCCCCGCCCAAUCCUCCGGCUCCCCCUCCGAAUCCUCCCCCGUCGAACAAAAGUCACCCCCGACAGACCGUAGCGCGCAUAAAGGCACGGUGCAGAGCGAGGGGGAUGAUGUGCCGAAGCCGACGGAGAUGGGAGAGGCGAGGAAGGAGAGUAAGCAGGGUAAGGCGCCGAAGGAGGCUGAGAAGGAUGAGUGA